CGCUCGCGCAGCCCGGACGUUUGAAAAUCGGAUUUUUUAAAUCCAAAUUUCGAAAUUCCAAUCCCGACUCCGACUGGAAAGGCCACGUGAUUGGUUUGAUUUUGUAAAAGGAACGUGUGUUUAUGAAUUUAGCAUCUCUAGUGUUGUGAACGGUGAAAAAUGUGUGAACAGUGCGUGCAGCGUUGAUUCCAGAAAAAAGGAUUUAUUUGUGCGUUUUUGACGCAUGUGUGAUGCAUUUCGAGUGUUAUGGCAACGUUGCAGUAACUCACUGACAGUUAAAUAAGAAUUCAAAAUGGCGGAAGCGGAGGGAGGAGCAAGCGAGCAAGAUGAUGUUUCAUUCUUGCGUACGGAAGACAUGGUCUGCCUGUCAUGUACAGCGACUGGCGAAAGAGUGUGUCUGGCGGCCGAGGGGUUCGGUAACCGACACUGUUUUCUGGAGAACAUCGCCGAUAAGAACAUACCGCCUGACCUAUCGCAGUGUGUUUUUGUCAUCGAACAGGCCUUAUCAGUAAGGGCUUUGCAAGAGUUGGUGACGGCUGCAGGAUCAGAAACUGGAAAAGGUACCGGGUCUGGUCAUCGUACCCUGCUUUACGGCAAUGCUAUCCUGCUAAGACAUCUCAACAGUGACAUGUACCUGGCCUGUCUGUCGACAUCCUCAUCUCAGGACAAGCUGGCCUUUGACGUGGGUCUGCAGGAGCAUUCUCAGGGUGAGGCCUGCUGGUGGACCCUACAUCCUGCCAGCAAACAAAGAUCUGAGGGUGAGAAAGUCCGAGUCGGUGAUGACUUGAUUCUGGUAUCAGUCGCAACUGAGAGAUACUUGCACACAACAAAAGAAAACGAAGUAUCGAUAGUGAACGCGUCGUUCCACGUGACUCACUGGUCGGUCCAACCUUACGGUACCGGUAUCUCCCGUAUGAAGUAUGUGGGUUAUGUCUUCGGAGGAGAUGUCUUGAGGUUCUUCCACGGAGGAGACGAGUGUCUCACCAUACCUAGCACUUGGACUAAAGACGGAGGGCAGAAUAUUGUGGUCUACGAAGGAGGUUCAGUGAUGUCGCAAGCUCGUUCACUAUGGCGCUUGGAACUGGCUCGCACCAAGUGGGCGGGAGGGUUCAUCAACUGGUACCAUCCAAUGAGGAUCCGGCACAUCACCACCGGCAGAUACCUCGGUGUCAACGAUCAAAAUGAACUCUAUUUAGUUAGCAGAGAGGAAGCUACAACAGCAUCCUGCGCCUUUUGCCUUCGCCAGGAGAAGGAUGAUCAGAAACAAGUGCUGGAAGACAAGGAUCUGGAAGUUAUUGGAGCUCCCAUCAUCAAGUAUGGUGAUUCCACUGUCAUUGUGCAGCAUUCAGAGACUGGACUGUGGCUUUCUUAUAAGUCAUACGAAACAAAGAAAAAGGGUGUUGGUAAAGUGGAAGAAAAGCAAGCCAUCCUACACGAAGAAGGCAAGAUGGACGACGGCCUAGACUUCUCAAGGUCACAGGAGGAAGAGUCCAGAACAGCCAGAGUUAUUAGGAAGUGUUCCUCCCUAUUCACCAAGUUUAUCAAUGGCCUUGAAACCCUUCAAGAGAACCGUCGCCACUCGAUGUUUUUCGCGUCAGUCAACUUGGGAGAGAUGGUGAUGUGCCUCGAGGAUCUGAUCAACUACUUCGCGCAGCCUGACGAGGAUAUGGAACACGAAGAGAAGCAAAACAAGUUCCGCGCUCUCCGAAACCGUCAAGACCUGUUCCAAGAGGAAGGUAUCCUCAACCUGAUUCUCGAAGCCAUUGACAAGAUCAACGUCAUCACGUCGCAGGGUUUCCUGGCUGGUUUCCUUGCUGGAGACGAGUCGGGACAGAGCUGGGAGAUGAUCUCGGGAUACCUUUAUCAAUUGCUUGCCGCGAUUAUAAAGGGUAAUCACACGAACUGCGCGCAGUUCGCUAACUCGAACCGCCUGAACUGGUUGUUCUCCCGGCUGGGGUCGCAGGCCUCGGGGGAGGGUACUGGUAUGCUCGAUGUAUUGCACUGCGUCCUCAUCGACUCGCCUGAAGCCUUGAACAUGAUGAGGGAUGAACAUAUAAAAGUGAUUAUCUCCCUACUCGAGAAGCACGGUCGUGAUCCAAAAGUAUUGGAUGUUCUAUGUUCUCUUUGCGUCGGUAACGGAGUGGCCGUCCGUUCGUCACAGAACAAUAUCUGUGACUAUCUACUGCCUGGCAAGAACUUGCUUCUGCAGACUGCCUUAGUUGACCACGUGUCGAGUGUUCGUCCAAAUAUCUUCGUGGGACGCGUAGAAGGAUCUGCAGUAUACCGCAAAUGGUAUUUUGAAGUGACAAUGGACCAUAUUGAGAAGACCACGCAUAUGAUGCCGCAUUUAAGGAUCGGUUGGGCUAACACUACUGGCUACGUCCCCUACCCUGGUGGUGGGGAGAAGUGGGGUGGUAAUGGUGUGGGUGACGAUUUGUACUCAUAUGGUUUCGAUGGAGCCUACCUCUGGUCUGGUGGCAGGAAGACUCAGGUUAACAGAACUCAUGCUGAAGAGCCUUAUAUUCGAAAAGGUGACGUGAUUGGUUGCGCGUUGGACUUGACAGUGCCUAUAAUCAACUUCAUGUUCAACGGAGUCAGGGUGACAGGCUCCUUCACUAACUUCAAUCUGGAAGGCAUGUUUUUCCCUGUCAUCAGUUGUUCUAGCAAGCUGAGUUGUCGAUUUCUUCUGGGCGGAGAACACGGUCGGCUUCGCUACGCUGCCCCGGAAGGAUACUCUCCUCUCGUGGAGUCCCUCCUCCCACAGCAGAUAUUGAGCUUGGAACCAUGUUUCUACUUCGGGAACCUGGCAAAGCGAGCGUUAGCUGGCCCACCACUGGUUCAGGAUGAUACCGCUUUCGUACCUACCCCGGUCGACACGCUGCAGAUACCACUACCUUCUUACGUUGAACAGAUCAGAGACAAGCUCGCUGAAAAUAUUCACGAAAUGUGGGCCAUGAACAAGAUUGAAGCAGGAUGGAUGUACGGUGAUCAACGCGACGAUUUGCACAAGAUACAUCCCUGCCUUGUCCCCUUCGAGCGCCUGCCACCAGCUGAGAAGCGAUACGAUAUACAACUUGCUGUGCAAACACUCAAGACAAUCCUGGCUCUAGGCUACUACAUCAGCUUAGACAAGCCGCCGGCGCGCAUUCGCAACGUUCGUCUGCCGAACGAACCGUUUAUGCAGUCAAACGGCUACAAGCCAGCACCCCUGGACCUGAGUGCUGUCACCCUGACACCGAAGAUGGAUGAGCUGGUCGACCAGCUCGCUGAGAACACCCACAACCUCUGGGCCAGGGAGAGGAUACAGCAGGGGUGGACUUAUGGACUUAAUGAGGACCCCGACAUGCACCGGUCCCCGCACUUGGUCCCGUAUCCGAAGGUAGACGAUGCCAUAAAGAAGGCCAACAGAGACACGGCCUCAGAAACUGUAAGGACAUUACUGGUGUAUGGAUACAACCUGGACCCACCAACUGGAGAACAGCAUGAAGCCCUUCUACUAGAAGCAUCAAAACAGAAACAGGCAGAGUUCAGAACAUACAGAGCUGAAAAGAACUACGCUGUUGGCUCCGGAAAAUGGUAUUUCGAGUUCGAGAUCCUAACAGCUGGACCCAUGAGGGUGGGUUGGGCCCAUGCCGAUAUGGCCCCAGGUAUGAUGCUUGGGCAAGAUGAAAACUCUUGGGCUUUCGAUGGAUAUAAUGAGGAAAAAGUGUACAGCGGUAGCACAGAGUCUUUCGGCAAGCAAUGGUCUGUGGGAGACGUUGUUGGCGUGUUCCUAGAUCUCAUUGAUAAGACGAUAAGUUUCUCUCUGAACGGGGAACUGUUAAUGGACGCUCUCGGUGGAGAGACGACAUUCGCUGAUGUCCAAGGCGAUAACUUCGUACCAGCUUGUACUUUGGGAGUGGGGCAGAAAGCUAGGUUAACAUACGGUCAAGACGUGAAUACCUUGAAAUAUUUUACAACAUGCGGGCUACAGGAAGGCUAUGAACCGUUCUGUGUCAACAUGAAACGUGACGUGACACAUUGGUAUACGAAGGACCAGCCCAUCUUCGAGAACACAGACGAGAUGAUCGACACCAGGAUUGAUGUCACUAGGAUUCCUGCUGGAUCUGAUACCCCGCCAUGUUUGAAGAUAUCUCACAAUACGUUUGAGACUAUGGAGAAAGCAAACUGGGAGUUCCUGCGACUGUCUCUACCAGUCAUUUGCCACAACGAGUUCAUUGAUGAGGCGGAAAAAGCCAGACGAUGGGUGGAGAUCAAAGAACGUCAGCAGAUUCUCAUGAAGGAGGCGGUGGAAGCUCAGAUGCCAGCUCACAUCGACCAGAUCAUGAGGAGUGGUUUCACCAUGAAUGAUAUUAAAGGUUUACACUACGAAGACAAUCAGGAAGAGGUCCCAAGUUCGAAGGUCAAGCGGCAACCGUCCAGACCUCCACGUAAGGGCUCGAUGACGAGAGGCGUGUCUAUACAAAAUUACAAUAAUUUGCAACCAGGACAAGUGAACGGCAUGCACCGGUCUACCAGUGAGGCUGAGAUGGCCAAGUACGAGUUGGGAGCACAGAACUUAAGCCCUGAUGAUAAGAAGGAUAAACGUGGACGUUCACCUUUCAAAUUCUUCAGAAGUAAGCGUGGCGAAAGCAGCGAUCGAGCCAAGAGUCGUAAGUCCAAGACACCAGAUCCAUUCAGUGACACUGAAGUUUCCCCUGAACGUGGACCUCGCAGACCUAACCCUCAAAUCAAGGUGUCACAGGCCAAUCAAAGAUAUAACGGCAUGAACGCGCGCCCUAGUCGGACCAACUUGUAUGGAAGCCAAGUUGGUCUAAACUCCAACGCUCAGAUGGCGACUCCUACGCAAGACAGAAAACAAAUGACAACGAGCACUCUUGCGCAGUCCACGACGGAAACUGUUGGCAACGAGAUCUUCGACGGUGAAUGCUUGAAACUCAUCAAUGAGUACUUUUAUGGAGUCAGAAUAUUCCCCGGUCAGGAUCCGACCCACGUUUACAUUGGUUGGGUGACGACCCAAUACCAUCUGCACUCCAAAGACUUUAACCAGAGCAAGGUCACCAAGUCUUCCGUGAUUAUCACGGACGAUUACGACAGGAUUGUUGAGAAUGUGAAUCGCCAAUCCUGCUACAUGGUGCGUGCAGACGAACUGUACAACGAAGUCAUGGCUGAGGCCACGGCUAAGGGAGCUUCCCAGGGAAUGUUCAUUGGGUGCUCCGUCGACACUUCCACCGGGACCGUGUCCUUCACCUGCGAGGGAAAGGAUACUAGCUUCAAGUUCAAGAUGGAACCAGAAACGAAGCUCUUCCCAGCUAUCUUCGUGGAAGCCACGUCGAAGGAGAUCCUCCAGAUAGAACUAGGGAGGUCUACCACUAGCCUCCCCCUCUCUGCUGCAGUGCUACCAACGAGUGACAAGCACGUCAUACCUCAGUUCCCUCCCAGGUUGAAGGUGCAGUGCUUGAAACCACAUCAAUGGGCUCGAGUACCAAAUCAAUCUUUACAAGUGCACGCGCUAAAGCUGUCCGACAUCCGCGGUUGGUCCAUGCUGUGUGAAGAUGCAGUUUCUAUGCUCGCUCUUCAUAUACCAGGUAAUUUAUUUUUAUAUAGUACAUAUAAUGGCAUUCUCAAUUGUAUGACAGGCAUUGUUAUGGAAAAGGGUGAUGAUGAUAAAGACGAUGGUGUUGAUGAUAUUGAUUAUGUUGAUGUUCGUGAUGAUGAUGAAGAUGAUAGUGAAAAGGAUUAUUGUAUAGUUGUUAAUGAUGAUUAUGUUAAAGUGAUGAUGAUUGACGAAGGUGAUGAGGAGGAUCGUUGCAUAGACAUUUUAGAACUAAUAGAAAUGGACAAACUUUUAAGUUUCCAUUCGCAUACGCUUACACUGUACGCCGCAUUGUGCUACCAGAGUAACUACAGGGCCGCUCACGCUCUCUGCACGCACGUAGACCAGAAACAGUUGUUGUACGCAAUACAAUCGCAGUACAUGUCCGGUCCACUGCGACAAGGGUUCUACGAUCUGCUCAUAGCCCUGCAUUUGGAAUCCCAUGCUACCACCAUGGAGGCAUGUAAGAACGAGUUCGUGAUACCAUUGGGCCCUGAGCUGAAGUCGUUGUACGAAGACCCGGAGAUGGGACACAGCCUGCGUUCCUUGCAAACUGAGAGCGUACGACCACAGAUGAAGAUGACUGAUAUAGCCGAAAGUAUAACGGACAUUAGCAACCUAUACUCGCCGUACUUCCCGCUCGAAGUGGUUCGUGAGUUCGUGAUGCAAGCGUUGGCUGAGGCAGUCGAGACCAACCAGGUCCAUAACAGAGAUCCCGUCGGAGGCAGCAAUGAGAAUCUCUUCCUGCCUUUAAUAAAGCUGGUAGACCGACUGUUGUUAGUCGGAAUGAUGCGCGACGAAGACGUUGAAAAGCUUCUCAUCAUGACCAACCCUGAGACUUGGGACCCUUCGUUUGACAAAGAGGGUAAAGACGAGCACCGUAAAGGCCUGCUACACAUGAAAAUGGCUGAAGGCGCCAAGUUACAGAUGUGUUAUCUACUACAGCAUCUCAACGACAUACAGCUAAGGCACAGGGUGGAAGCUAUCAUUGCGUUCGCGCACGAUUUCGUUGGAGAUCUACAAACUGAUCAGCUAAGACGUUACACAGAGAUCAAGCAGUCAGACCUUCCCAGUGCAGUCGCUGCUAAAAAGACAAGGGAGUUCCGUUGCCCUCCCAGAGAACAGAUGAACGCCAUCUUGAGUUUUAAGCACUUGGAAGAAGAGGACAAAGAGAACUGUCCUUGCGGAGAGGAACUGAUCGCAAGGAUGAACGAGUUCCACGAGAGUCUGAUGGCACAUGUUUCCCUUCAUGCCCUACAGGAGCCUGAUGGAACGGAAAACCAAGAACCAGAAGCGAAACCAGGUGCAUUUGGCAAGUUGUACAACAUCAUUAACACCGUAAAGGAACUUGAAGAAGAACCCAAGGCUAUUGAUGAACCUCCAAAGAAGACUCCAGAAGAGAAAUUCCGUAAGGUCCUUAUACAGACCAUCGUCAACUGGGCCGAGGAAUCGCAGAUUGAAACUCCUAAACUGGUUAGGGAAAUGUUUAGUCUUCUAGUCCGUCAAUACGACGCAGUGGGUGAGCUGAUUCGUGCCCUUGAGAAGACUUACGUCAUCAAUGCUAAGACCAAGCUGGACGUGGCUGAGAUGUGGGUCGGACUCAGUCAGAUCCGAGCACUCCUACCAGUACAGAUGAGUCAGGAGGAAGAGGAACUUAUGAGGAAAAGGCUUUGGAAACUCGUCAACAACCACACUUUCUUCCAACAUCCAGACUUGAUAAGAGUACUCCGCGUCCACGAGAACGUGAUGGCCGUGAUGAUGAACACUCUGGGCCGGCGUGCGCAGGCGCAGUCCGACGCGCAGCCCGCCUCGCCCCCCGUCGCAGAGGAUAGUAAGGAGAAAGACACAUCCCACGAGAUGGUAGUGGCGUGUUGCCGUUUCCUCUGCUACUUCUGCCGUACGGGAAGACAGAACCAGAAGGCUAUGUUCGAUCACUUCGAUUUCCUUCUGGAGAACUCCAACAUCUUGCUGUCCAGACCUUCCUUGAGGGGAUCUACUCCUCUAGACGUGGCGUACUCGAGUUUAAUGGAGAACACUGAGUUGGCGUUGGCUUUGAGAGAGCACUACCUAGAAAAGAUCGCUGUAUACCUGUCUCGGUGUGGACUGCAAAGCAAUUCGGAGCUCGUCGAGAAAGGCUACCCAGACCUAGGGUGGGAUCCAGUCGAGGGUGAACGUUAUCUGGACUUCCUUAGAUUCUGUGUCUGGGUUAACGGUGAAAGCGUAGAAGAGAAUGCAAACUUAGUAAUUCGUCUGUUGAUCCGACGCCCUGAAUGUUUGGGUCCGGCCCUCAGAGGUGAAGGCGAGGGCUUACUGAAGGCCAUAGUCGACGCCAACAAAAUGAGUGAGAGGAUCGCAGACAGGAGGAAACUGAGGGAGAUGGAGCAAGAGGGAGAUGUUAGUUUCAGCCACCCCCUCCCAGAAUCUGAUGAUGACGAGGACUACAUCGACACGGGAGCUGCUAUACUGAAUUUCUACUGUACACUAGUGGACCUGCUCGGUAGAUGCGCGCCUGAUGCAGGGGUUAUUGCACUUGGCAAGAACGAAUCCCUCCGAGCUCGAGCCAUCCUCCGUUCUCUAGUACCGCUGGAAGAUCUACAGGGUGUGCUCAGUUUGAGAUUUACGCUCAACAAUCCCGCUGCGGGAGAGGAGAGACCUAAGUCUGAUAUGCCAUCAGGUCUGAUUCCUGGCCACAAGCAGAGUGUAGGCCUGUUCUUGGAGCGUGUGUACGGUAUCGAGACACAGGAACUGUUCUACAAACUGCUGGAGGAAGCCUUCCUACCUGAUCUGAGGGCUGCCACCAUGUUGGAUAGGAACGAUGGCUGCGAAUCCGACAUGGCUCUCUCAAUGAACCGCUACAUCGGUAACUCGAUCCUGCCUCUACUGAUCAAGCACGCGUACUUCUACAAUGAAGCUGAGAACUACGCUAGCUUAUUGGACGCUACGCUACAUACUGUUUAUAGGUUAUCGAAGAACCGCAUGUUAACCAAAGGACAACGUGAGGCCGUCUCAGACUUUCUGGUCGCUUUAACAUCAGCGAUGCAACCGUCUAUGUUGUUGAAAUUGUUAAGAAAACUGACAGUGGAUGUGUCUAAGCUUUCGGAGUACACAACUGUCGCUCUUAGGCUCUUAACCCUACACUACGAGCGAUGUGCCAAGUACUACGGUAGUACGGGCGCCGGCCAGGGCGUGUACGGUGCAUCGUCAGAUGAAGAGAAAAGGCUUACCAUGAUGCUGUUCUCAAAUAUCUUCGAUUCUCUCAGCAAGAUGGACUAUGAACCUGAACUGUUUGGGAAAGCCUUGCCUUGUCUGAUUGCUAUUGGUUGUGCCUUACCACCCGAUUAUUCGCUUUCAAAGAACUACGAUGACGAAUUCUACGGCAAAGAGCAAGUGGCUGGUGACCUUGACAAUCCCCAAUACGAUCCUCAGCCCAUCAACACAUCAUCAGUGGCUCUCAACAACGAUUUGAACACAAUCGUCCAAAAGUUCUCGGAACAUUACCACGACGCGUGGGCUUCGAGAAAGAUCGAGAACGGAUGGGUCUACGGAGAAGGAUGGUCGGACAGCCAGAAAACUCAUCCACGAUUGAAGCCGUACAAUAUGCUUAAUGAUUAUGAAAAAGAGCGUUACAAGGAACCAGUGCGAGAAUCCUUAAAAGCCCUUCUAGCCAUCGGAUGGUCGGUCGAACACUCCGAGGUGGAUAUACCAAGCACCAACCGUAGUUCAAUGAGACGACAGUCCAAAUCAGGAGGCCGCCCUCCCGAUCUUGUGACGGACUCAGCAACUCCGUUCAACUACAACCCACAUCCAGUGGACAUGACCAACUUAACUCUAUCGAGGGAGAUGCAGAAUAUGGCUGAAAGACUGGCUGAUAACGCCCACGAUAUCUGGGCGAAGAAGAAGAAAGAAGAACUAGUCACUAAUGGAGGAGGCAUCCACCCUCAACUCGUCCCCUACGAUCUCUUAACAGACAAAGAGAAGAAGAAAGACAGAGAGAGAUCACAAGAGUUCCUUAAAUACCUCCAGUACCAAGGCUACAAACUACACAGGCCUAGCAAAGCCCCACAGAGUGACACGGAACAGACUACUACGGGCGUAGCAAUAGAGCUCAGAUUCGCAUACUCGUUAUUAGAGAAAUUGAUCCAGUAUAUCGAUAGGGCGACCAUCAAUAUGAAGCUCUUGAAACCUUCUACUACUUUCAGUAGGAGAACUAGUUUUAAAACUAGUACAAGGGAUAUUAAGUUCUUUUCUAAGGUGGUGCUGCCUCUGAUGGAGAAGUACUUCUCAACGCAUAGGAACUACUUCAUAGCUGUAGCGACUGCUACUAACAAUGUAGGCGCCGCCAGUUUGAAGGAAAAGGAAAUGGUAGCAGCUCUCUUCUGUAAAUUGGCUAGCUUAUUGAGAUCCAGGCUCGCGGCAUUCGGUCCCGAUGUCCGCAUAACCGUCCGCUGUCUCCAAGUGUUGGUGAAAGGCAUUGACGCCAAAUCCUUGGUGAAGAACUGCCCCGAGUUCAUCAGGACAUCAAUGUUGACCUUCUUCAAUAAUGUCGCUGAUGAUGUUGGGCAUACCAUCAUGAACCUUCAGGACGGUAAAUACGCUCAUCUCCGAGGCACACACUUGAAGACAUCCACAUCACUUGGUUACAUCAACGGAGUUCUACUGCCAAUAUUGACGGCCAAGUUUGACCACUUGGCCAACUGCGAGUACGGUGCUGAUUUACUAUUGGAUGAGAUUCAAGUAGCCUCGUACAAGAUGCUGGGUUCGCUUUAUGCGUUGGGCACUGACGCGUCCCUCACGCACGACAGAAAAUACCUCAAGACUGAGAUUGAGAGACACAAACCUGCACUGGGUUCGUGCCUCGGUGCGUUCAGCUCGACAUUCCCCGUGGCGUUCUUGGAGCCUCACUUGAACAAACACAACCAAUUCUCCUUGCUGAACAGGAUCGCUGACCACUCUUUGGAGGCUCAAGAUAUAAUGCAGAAAAUGGAACAAUGCAUGCCUACGUUAGAAACUAUUUUGGGUGAAGUCGACCAGUUUGUUGAGUCAGACAAGACUUACAAUGAAGCGCCUCAUAUUAUCGAUGUGGUGCUGCCAUUACUCUGCUCCUACCUGCCGUUCUGGUGGGCACAAGGACCAGAUAAUGUUACUCCAACUGGAGGCAACCACGUGACAAUGGUGACAGCAGAACAUAUGAACCAACUUCUAAAGAACGUUCUGAAACUCAUCAAGAAGAAUAUUGGUAAUGAGAACGCUCCAUGGAUGACUCGCAUCGCGACCUACACGCAGCAAAUCAUUAUCAACAGUUCAGAGGAACUCCUCAGGGACUCCUUCCUUCCUCUCGCUGAGAGGGUCCGGAAGAGGACCGAUAAUAUGUUCCAUAAGGAGGAGAGCUUGAGAGGAUUUAUCAAGUCAUCAACUGACGACACAUCUCAAGUAGAAUCUCAAAUCCAAGAAGACUGGCAGCUGUUGGUUCGUGACAUAUACUCGUUCUACCCACUUCUCAUCAAAUACGUCGACUUGCAAAGAAACCACUGGCUCAGGAACAAUGUGCCAGAGGCGGAAGAGCUUUACAACCAUGUUGCUGAAAUUUUCAACAUCUGGUCCAAGAGUCAGUACUUCCUCAAAGAGGAGCAGAACUUCAUAUCUGCCAACGAGAUUGACAACAUGGUAUUAAUCAUGCCUACAGCGACAAGACGAGUAACAGCAGUUGUAGAUGGAACUCCACAAGCUGGAGGCAAGAAAAAGAAGAAACACCGUGACAAGAAGCGAGAUAAAGACAAAGAAGUCCAAGCUUCUCUGAUGGUAGCCUGUCUCAAGAGGCUACUGCCUGUUGGCUUGAACCUCUUCGCAGGCAGAGAACAGGAACUGGUUCAGCAUUGUAAAGACAGGUUCCUGAAGGUAGGAACACUCAAGAAAAUGUCCGAACAAGAUGUUGCAGAAUUCGCAAAAACACAAUUGACUCUGCCGGAUAAAAUAGACCCGGCUGAUGAAAUGUCUUGGCAGCAUUAUUUGUAUAGCAAACUCGGUUCUAAGAGUAAAACGAAUAUAACUGUUGAAACAGCUGAGAAUAAAGCUAAGAUCAUUGAUGAUACGGUCGAAAGAAUCGUCGCCAUGAGUAAAGUACUCUUUGGAUUGCAUAUGAUUGAUCAUCCACAACAAAUGAGCAAGAAUGUUUACCGUUCCGUGGUAUCUAUACAACGAAAACGCGCCGUGAUCGCUUGCUUCAGGCAAACGUCGCUACACUCGCUGCCGAGGCAUCGAGCGUGUAAUAUAUUCGCUCGAACUUAUUACGAACUUUGGCUGGAAGAGGAAAACGUAGGCCAGGAGGUCAUGAUUGAAGAUCUUACGCAAUCGUUCGAAGACGCUGAGCUGAAAAAGAGUGACGGGGAGGAAGAGGGAGAGAAACCCGAUCCUCUGACGCAGCUGGUCACCACCUUCUGCAGGGGAGCCAUGACUGAGAGGUCCGGGGCGUUGCAGGAGGAUCCCCUCUACAUGUCCUAUGCCCACAUCAUAGCGAAGUCCUGCGGUGAAGAAGAGGAAGAAGGGGGUGGGGAAGAAGAAGAGGGCGGGGGUGAGGCCGAAGCAGAAGAUGAAGGCAGAGCUAGUAUACAUGAACAAGAAAUGGAGAAACAGAAGUUACUCUUCCAUCAAGCACGUCUAGCGAACAGGGGAGUGGCAGAGAUGGUGCUCCUCCAUAUAUCGGCGUCCAAGGGUCUACCAAGCGAGAUGGUGAUGAAGACACUUCAGUUGGGAAUCUCCAUACUAAGGGGAGGCAAUAUUGAUAUACAGAUGGGUAUGCUGAACCAUUUGAAAGAUAAGAAGGACGUAGGUUUCUUCACAUCUAUAGCUGGUCUCAUGAACUCCUGUUCUGUGCUCGAUCUGGACGCCUUCGAGAGGAACACUAAGGCUGAAGGUUUGGGAGUGGGCCUGGAAGGUGCAGCGGGUGAGAAAAACAUGCAUGAUGCAGAGUUCACAUGCGCUCUCUUCAGGUUUAUUCAACUCACUUGUGAAGGUCACAACUUGGACUGGCAAAACUACUUAAGAACGCAGGCUGGUAACACGACGACCGUGAACGUGGUCAUUUGUACUGUGGACUACUUGCUGCGGCUACAGGAGUCUAUCAUGGACUUCUACUGGCACUACUCUAGCAAGGAAUUAAUCGACCCGGCUGGCAAAGCGAACUUCUUCAAGGCAAUAGGUGUCGCGUCCCAAGUGUUCAACACGCUGACUGAGGUCAUCCAGGGUCCUUGUACACAGAACCAACAGGCCUUGGCACACUCCAGGUUAUGGGAUGCCGUCGGCGGUUUCCUGUUCCUAUUCUCCCACAUGCAGGACAAGCUAUCCAAGCACUCGUCACAGGUAGACCUGCUGAAGGAACUCCUCAACCUUCAGAAGGACAUGAUCACCAUGAUGCUGUCUAUGCUGGAAGGAAACGUUGUUAACGGCACAAUCGGUAAACAGAUGGUGGAUACCCUGGUAGAAUCGGCCUCCAACGUAGAGCUGAUCCUCAAAUACUUCGACAUGUUCCUGAAACUCAAGGACCUUACGUCCAGCGCCAGUUUCCAGGAGAUCGACGCUAAUAAUGAUGGAUGGGUCCUACCCAAGGAUUUCAAAGAGAAGAUGGAACAACAGAAGAGUUAUACGCCUGAAGAAAUCGAGUUCCUCCUUGCUUGCUGCGAGACGAACCACGACGGAAAACUGGACUACAUUGGUUUCUGCGACCGGUUCCACGAACCGGCCAAGGAGAUCGGUUUCAAUUUAGCUGUACUGCUCACCAACUUGUCCGAACAUAUGCCCAACGAACCUAGAUUGGCCCGUUUCCUAGAGACAGCUGGUUCUGUCUUAAACUACUUCGAGCCGUUCCUGGGCCGCAUUGAGAUCAUGGGCGGGUCCAAGCGCAUUGAACGAGUCUACUUCGAGAUCAAGGAGUCCAACAUCGAACAGUGGGAGAAACCACAGAUUAAGGAAUCGAAGCGCGCAUUCUUCUACAGCAUAGUAACAGAAGGAGGUGAUAAGGAGAAGUUGGAAGCCUUUGUGAACUUCUGUGAGGACGCCAUCUUUGAAAUGACGCAUGCGUCCGGACUCAUGGCGGCUUCUGAGGAAUCUGUCGGUGGAACGAAGAAUAGAGAGGCCAGCUACAUGUAUAUGGGAGACGAUGAUGAUGAGAGAGCCGGCAAGGAUCCAUUCCGUCGUGGCCUCCAAUCAGUCAAAGAUGGCAUCUACGCAGCAUUCUCAUCCUUAUCACCCGCAAACAUAAAGGCGAAAAUCGCAGACCUCCAGCAAAUGCCGCCAGCCGAACUAGCAGUGGGCUUCUUCAAAAUGUUCUUCCUUUUAUUCUAUUACUUGGGCUAUGGAAUGCUCGUCGUGAUAAGGUACAUAUUCGGCGUACUACUUGGUCUGAUGAGAGGUCCACAGACGGACGAACCACCGCCCGAACCGACAGAGGAGGAAAAAAUCGGUCAGUUGAGACACAGGUUGCUAGCGACACAAAGUUCUCGACAUCUACCAGCGUUACCGCCAGCUGACGAUACUGGGCAGAUACAGGUUUCCGCAUUCGGACUGGACAUCACUAAAGAAGACAACGGACAGAUACAAGUAAAACCGCACGAGUCACCGAGCACAUCAACGCCAUCUUCUGGUGAGGAAGCAGAGGUAUCACCCGAUGAGAGCGCUGACCAUCCCGAGGAACAGAGACCACCGUCACUCAUCGAUCUACUUGGAGGAGAACAAGCCAAAAAGCAAGCUCAAGAGCGUAUGGAAGCUCAGGCUGCCCAGCAAGCUGCUAUGUCCGCCAUCGAAGCUGAGAGCAAAAAGGCAGUCCAAGUCCCAGCUCCAUCAGCGUUAUCUCAAGUGGAUCUCUCACAAUACACCAGGCGUGCAGUCUCCUUCUUGGCUCGGAACUUCUACAACUUGAAAUACGUCGCCCUCGUCUUAGCUUUCUGUAUAAACUUUGUGCUGCUGUUCUAUAAGGUUUCUACGUUGGACGCGGAAGGUGGCGAGGGCUCUGGUCUGGGUGAUAUCAUCGCUGGGUCUGGCUCCGGUUCGGGAUCUGGCAGUGGUGAUGGUGGCAGUGGCGAAUCUGAAGAUGAUGAUGCAUUGGAAGUGGUCCAUAUAGAUGAAGAUUUCUUUUACAUGGAACAUGUGAUCAAGGUGGCCGCCGUACUACACUCUAUCGUGUCCCUUGCCAUACUUAUUGGGUACUACCAUCUUAAGGUGCCACUAGCCAUCUUCAAGCGUGAGAAGGAAAUUGCCCGUAAACUGGAGUUUGAUGGUCUGUACAUCGCUGAGCAGCCAGAAGACGAUGACCUGAAGAGCCACUGGGACAAACUCGUUAUAUCUGCCAAGUCAUUCCCAGUGAACUAUUGGGAUAAGUUUGUAAAGAAGAAGGUUCGUGCCAAGUAUUCAGAGACAUAUGACUUCGAUUCCAUAUCCAACAUGCUGGGCAUGGAGAAGACUUCCUUCUCCGCACAAGAAGAGGAAGGCAGCAAAGGACUGAUUCACUACAUAAUCAACAUAGAUUGGCGUUACCAAGUAUGGAAGGCGGGAGUGACGAUCACCGACAAUUCCUUCCUCUAUUCUCUAUGGUACUUCUCAUUCUCCGUGAUGGGUAACUUCAACAAUUUCUUCUUCGCCGCCCAUCUACUAGAUGUCGCUGUUGGUUUCAAAACUUUGAGAACCAUUCUUCAGUCCGUCACGCAUAACGGAAAACAGCUGGUCCUGACAGUGAUGCUAUUGACUAUCAUUGUGUACAUCUACACCGUGAUAGCGUUCAACUUCUUCCGCAAGUUCUACGUGCAAGAGGAAGACGAUGAGGUCAACAGGAACUGCCAUGACAUGCUUACGUGCUUCGUUUUCAACCUUUACAAAGGUGUGAGAGCUGGUGGUGGUAUCGGUGACGAACUGGAGCCCCCCGACGGAGAUGACUCCGAGGUCUACCGCAUCAUAUUCGACAUAACCUUCUUCUUCUUCAUCAUCGUCAUCUUGCUGGCCAUCUUGCAGGGUUUGAUCAUCGACGCGUUCGGUGAGCUCCGUGACCAGUUGGAAUCGGUGAAGGAAGACAUGGAGUCUAACUGCUUCAUAUGCGGCAUUAAUAAAGACUAUUUUGAUAAAGUGCCGCACGGGUUUGACACUCACGUCCAAAGAGAGCAUAAUUUAGCGAACUACAUGUUCUUCCUUAUGCAUCUCAUUAAUAAACCCGAUACGGAAUAUACAGGUCAAGAAACGUACGUAUGGAACAUGUACACGCAACGAUGCUGGGACUUCUUCCCUGUCGGUGACUGCUUCAGGAAACAGUAUGAAGAUCUGAUGGGAGAAUAAACUACAGACAAAAUCUCGCUUCAACUUAGCAAUUUCGAAUUUAUUGCUCAAAGUAACACCAAAUAAAAAAA